AAUGACGAAAAGUUGUCUGAUGCAAUGUCGAAAAAGUUGAAUAAACAACAGCAACAACCAAUCCUACUACAGCCGCCUCAAUUUGAGAAUAAUGGCGGUGAAUCUAAAGAUGAAGAGAAAUUUUCGCAUUUCGAAAAAUAUGUUUUGUUGGAUAAUAAGAACGUUAAAGUUAAGGUUAUUAUUCGUGAGGUGAUGAAAGACUUUCGCAAAUUUGAAGGGGAUACAGGGAGUCCUGAAGUUCAAGCUGCUGUCUUGACAGUUCGUAUUCUCAAGCUUCAUCAACACAUCAAAAAAGCCCGAAGAGACAGUCUCAGAUAUCGACGACUACUAAAGAUGGUACAAAGGAGACAAAAGAUACUCAAAUUUCUGAAGGAGAAUGAUUUGGAUUGUUAUUUUACUUGUUUGAAAAAACUGGGGUUAGAUCAGAAAGUUAUUGAAGAGCAAAUUGUUAU